CAUUGUGGUAGCAGCUGCGGAAGGAUGUGGACAAAGAUACAACAAGCUCGACGCUGAAAAAGUAGGAAUAACCUCACCGCUCAGACGGGUUUCUACCCGGAUAUUGUUUAUUGCAGAAAAAGGUAAGUUAAGAAUACUAUUUUUAAAACUACCUUGGAUAAAUAUAAUAUAAAAAAGUUCACGCAAACGGUCAGGCCAAGUUUGUCAUUGUCAUGUUAUUUUUCAAUCGUGCUGCUCAUUGAGUAACAGAUGGAAAAUGCUAGAUCAUAAACAUGAGACAAAAAUAAACCAGCUAAAAGAAAAAUAUCUCUACACUAACUUUAUUAAGGCUCGGGUGCCAGUGACUGGGGUCUGUUUCGACCUGUUAUUGUGUUGCUUGUUAGUAAAUUUAAAGAUAGGUAUCUUUACUGACAAGUAGUAAUGGGCCAGCCCAGUACACAUGGGACCACAAUCUCUAUGGUAAUGAGCAAGAGCUGUUCUAUUUUUCCUGAAGGUCUUCACACCGAGAACAUCAUGCAGACGGCUGUGUUGAGUCUCCAGAGCUUAUAUGAUAAGCUGAGGACUCAAGUUGACCAUCUCAAUGAGAACAUUGAACCAAGUGAGUAGUUAAUGGGUCUUGUUUUUAUCUUUCACCAUUUAUCAUUUGUGGCAAACGCUCAAGCUGCCUGCAACAUUUCAGUGAAAAAAAAAACACCUUCUCUUUCCCAGAUUUCAUCCAGAUGGCACAAAACUUUGAUGACUGCCGUCGCAGAUGGCUGAGAGCAGAGCAUGAUCUGGGGUCCUGCAAAGAGGCGCUCACCAAAACCGAGACGGAGAGGGGAGCCCUGGAGGUCAAACUGAAACAUGCUCGCAACCAAGUGGAUGUGGAGAUCAGGCGCAGGCAAAAGGCUGAGGCUGAUUGUGAGAAGCUGGUAUGAAGGAUCGAAUCUGGGCUCUGUUUGCUCACUUUGACAAAAUGAUUGUAUUUUUAAUGAAGUUUGCGAUGUUUUAAUGCAGGACCGUCAGAUUCAGUUGAUCCGAGACCUCCUGACCACUGAGGGAUCCAGUAACAGCAUUCAACUGAGUGCAGAGCAACGUUCAGCUCUGGCUUUCCUGAACACAAACUGCCAGAUGGGUGCCACAAACCUGAACACAAGCCGAAGGUAUUAAACUCUUUCACACAUCAGCAUUGCAGCAUAUGUUGUAGUUUCUGUCUGUGUUUGCUGUGUCGCCUGUAUGAGCCUUGUAGUGAAGUUCUCCCAGUUGUUUACCUUGUCUGUUAGUUUGUAUUUGCAUGUGUGAAAUCUCACACUUAAGAUUCUAAUGCCACACAAGAACUGCGCUAACUUUCAAAUGGAGGACUUACAUCCUCCAGCCAUUACCACUAUCUCUAUUUCACAUGAGUGCACUCAGAGACACUUCCAAACCACUCUGAUCAUUCAAAUGCAUUUCCAGUUUGAUUUUCAGAGGAUGAAAUGUCCAGUAGAAUAAUCUGCAAAACUGCUUUGGUUUGAGGCAAAUGUAAAUAAACCCUGGCAGCGGAAACACUCCUCUGACUGGCUUUAUAUUUAGAAAUAUUCUACUUCUUCUUACAGGCUGACUAGGAUUGAUGAGUCUGCUUCCAUCUUGUCAGACAUUAGCUAUGACAAAACAGAUGACUCUCUUGUAAGUACUUCUCUUUUCAAUGUCAUUCAAAUUAAGUGUUCAGAUGAAUAAUCCUCCUUUAAGAAAAUUGAAAUCUGACUUUGACGUCUUUGGCAGGAUUGGGACUCCUCCACCGUGAGGACUGUGCGACUCAAGAAAAGAGAAAAAAGGGUAUGUGGAUCAAUGUACGGGUCCUUUUCUUAAACAUCUGAACUGGGGUAAAUGGACUCUUAUUUCCUGGAUGUGUUGAUGUCAUGUUUGCUAUUUUGAUUUCAGCGCUCCUCAAGGAACCAUGUCGAUGGCCCUCCUAUGGCCUCUAAACGGUCCCGAUCAACAGGCAGGACUUCUGAGAGGGUAGGGUUUUGUCAUCUUUGUAUGCCUGUGAUUUGUAUUGGUUUUACAAAAAUAGCUUCAUUAGUUUUUAUGCCUUAAAACAGAUUAGAUUCUGUUCAACUGGAGCACCUUUUUCCUGAAAUAUUUAGCACAAGUAUCUUCGGAGGCUUUUAGAGUCUGUGAGCUUGGACUCAGUUUAAUUCUUUUAUUAUGUUACAAAAACUAUAAGUAGAAAUAUAAACCUUGAAAAUGGUGUUGCAAAGUCUACAAUAGAGUCAUGUCUGUUUUUGACACAUCGCAUCAGGUUCCUCCAGAUUCAAAGAUUUUUUGAUGACUUAUUCUUGUAACAGGGAAAUGAGGCCCUCGUGACAAGGACCACGGUGACUGUACCCCCAGAUGGAGGACCUGUUGAAGCCGUUUCCUGCAUUGAGACUGUUCCUUAUUGGACUCGCAGCAGGAGAAGAACUGGUAAGAAUUUCUUUGUCAUGCAUUAUGCAUUGUAUACCCAUGGGAAGAUCUGUCCCUGUUCUUUGUCUGCCGUUAGCAUAAUAGCAGCGAGGUGUAGAGAGCUCUGUUAGUUUUUAUCUAGUUGAACUAAUUAAGAAAUACUUAAUAGGCCUAUAAAACAAACAUACUUUCAGAGGAACUUGCAAAACCCUAAAACAAACAUUCACCCUGUCAGACGACUCACACUGUUAGCAACGCCGAGAAAUCUUCUCAUGGUGCAGAAAACUCAGUAUUUUUUCCUGUCACAUCGUCAUUAUGCGAGCCAGUGUUUGAAGUCUUCACGUGCCACAGCGGCGAGGUGACAGUAUAUUUUCCUAUUACUGCAGGAUGGUCAUGGUAUGUGACACACUGUUAUUAAUCAUUUAUCUGUAGCUGCCAUGGAGUGGGACUCUGAAUCUGUCCAGUCUGAGGAUGUGUUCAAGCAGCCUGUCAACCCUGACGGGGAGAUAAAACCUCAGCCCAGCACUCCGCAGAAAAACGGGGGGGUCCGUCAUCACGAGUUUGUCUCCAAAACGGUAAGAAUCCUCUUUGUGGGUUGUUAUCCUUCCCUGUUUUUCUGCUUUUGUGCCUUGAAAAUUGUAGUUUUUGUUUCUUUUCAUCAAGUGUGGGAGCAAAGUUAUGACAUCCUCUACAGUUAUGGGCUUCUCUGGCUUCUGUACAGGAACAGAUUUCCAACUGUAUUGAAAACUUUUUUUUAAUGCUGCUCCUCAUUUGUACGUUCAUUCUUGUGCUAAACAUUUACUCGAGUUUAUUGGCCAAAAUAACAAAGGGUAAUUUCAUGGUUAUGCCGAGCAUAAACGAGCUAUCAGCCCACGGCCUUACCAGCCUCCUAAACUACACUGAAUGUCUUUCUUAGGUCAUAAAGCCGGAGUCGUGUGUGCCCUGUGGAAAGAGGAUCAAGUUUGGGAAAGUUUCACUCAAGUGCAGAGACUGCAGGGUGGUCUCACACCCAGAGUGUCGGGAUCGCUGCCCCCUGCCGUGCAUCCCCAACCCAUGUGCCACUCCAGUCAAGAUUGGGGAGGUUAGCGAGGAUAUUCAUUAAACCUAAUAUCUCUUUUAUAGUUUGUUUCACCUCUAAAAUAUUACCACAGUGCUGAUAUUUGACCCCAUCUAUCUGUUUUACAGGGUGUGCUUGCAGACUACGUCCCUGAGACAUCCCCCAUGAUUCCUCCUCUCGUAGUCCACUGCAUCAGUGAGAUUGAGCAGAGGGGCCUGCAUGAGGUGAGUGGUCUAUCCUGUCCUUUUAAAUAUGCAGAAAUGGGAAAAGACAGUAGUUAUCUUUAAUGUCUUCCAUUAAACUGGGACAGAGGGGUGUAGCUACGAUUUUACAAUCUGUUUCUGGAGGAUUAAGUUGCUAUUUCGGCUGGCUUCAUUGGACUCGUGCGUGACUGCUCUGCUGUCUCUCUUCCUUCUGUUGUGUCAGAUCUUGAAUCCGUCUUUGAUCUCUCUCUCUCUCUGUGGCGUUUUUCUAAAGAUAGUUGUGAUAUGUGCUCUUUUAUUUUCCAUCAGAGGCAUUUUUUUUCAGCUUUCACUUGGGAUUUUUUAAAGAGUCUUCACUUGCCUGAAAACAUUGUGUUAUCUGUUAAAAUGUGUAGCUUGUAUAAUUAAGAGUCUUCCCAUUUGAGAGUGGAUUUAGCUUUAAAUUCAGGCUUUUAAACACACAUCGUCUGUCUGUUAGUGUACAGGUUUCCACAAAGAUAAUGGUUUGUUUGAUUCUCUUGCUCCAUCACUGAGAUUGGAGUCGAUCACAUACAGUCAUGGAUAGACAUUGAUUGUUUUUUUAUGCCUUUCUUUCACAUUUGGGGAUGCGAUUAGGUGUAGACUGCCUACAUUAGAUAGCUCCUCAUUUACACAAACUAUUCACCUGAUUGAGAACUAACACUCAAGCGGUACAAAUGUGUAUAUGAGAAAGAUGUUAGGAAGCUGUUUGUACCUACUAGUCAAAUAAAUGGUUAUACCCAGAGCCUUUGCAGUAAGUGGAAGCUGUCUGGCAGUCAAACAAAGAGCAACAUUUGGCCAAUCAUCUCUCUCACAGAGGGGUAUGAAAUUAUGGGAUGCAUUACCAUCUGAUCCAUCUGAUGUUUAGGCAUUAAAGAGGUGGUAUCAUGCUGGUUUUCAUAUUCUGAAAACAAAUACUGAAUUAAGAUGUUAGGACGUCCGUUUUAUUCAUGAUCAAAGUGUCAGGUUGGAGGUUAAUGUGUGUUGAAGUAAUCCCCCAGAUGAGACUACAGGGUCCUCUGAAUGGCACAUGAGAAUACAGCGAGAUCAAUAUGAGAUUUGCUUAAAUAAGACAUCAUUUUUAUCAUUUAGAUAAAAAUGAAUAACUUUUUGUGCAUGGCAACAAUGAAGGAGGCUUCCGGAGUGCUAAAGGGGGCCGUAAAGAGACAGCGGUUUAAAUAAAGCGUCUGAAAUAUGUUCAUGUAAAUCAUUUAAAGCUGCUAAGAGGCAAUCAGAGGGACACUAUAAAGACAGAAAUAAGCAUCAUACCCCAUUUUUAAAGGACCUUAAGGUUUUCAACACAUACAAAGAAAUGGCUCUCAGUCUGCAGACACUUAUUGUUCAGUUCAAAAUUAUAAAUCAGAUACACAUAUGCACACACCUGUGCUGACUCACAAACAUGGGCAUUAUCCAAGCUAUACUCCAUCUUCAUUUUACAGCAUGCAUUGAUUUCAUUGAAUGUCUAAACUCAGUACUGUUUUAUUUCUGUUUUUAUUUAUGGAAGCCUGACCAGUCACAGCGGUUGUAAAUUAGCCUCGGCUGGAACCUGUAUGCACGGCAUCUACUUUGUACAUACUACAAAGCACUGCUGCAUGCAUUUAUCCCGGUCAAAUAAACGAGUAAACACAAUAAAUCAAGUAAAUUUGACUUUAAAGGAGCUGUAAACGGUAUAAACAUCCCAGCGGAGGAAGGGAAAAAAAACCCUUCCUCUUCUCCUUCUGCUACUUAAAUCCGUUAAAGCGUUCCCGCUAAGUGAUGCACCAAACAUGCAUGCCAACUGUUAUCAAACGAACGGUCGACUUGAUGCAGCUGGUCAUGUCAGACUCACAGGACAGAAAUCAAUAAACCGAGGAGAAGAGUGAGAGAGCAAGUCAGGGUUGAUGUGCAAGACAACCUGAUGUUGUUUGAUUCAGAUGGACCCGUUUCUAAUCGAAUGCUCACAGACACGUUUAUUUAAUGGAAUAAAUGUGCAUAUUUUUUGUAGUAAUCAUCAAAUUUUUCAUGCUGAGUGUUGCUUAUUGUAGCUUUAAGUAGAUCACUUUUUAGAUGUAAGAAACCUUGAAAAGAAGAUGGUUUGAAUAAGAUUGUUGGGUUUGAAGCUGUAAACAACAGCCCUUUCUAAAAUAACUCAGAAAUCGAACAACUAAAGCCCAGUUAUUAAUACUUAAAAUUUCAUCAAAAUAUUUCAAGUCCAAGCUGCGAUUUUAGGAGAGUUUCUGCGAGAGCUGUUUUCUCUAAGUAAAGAUAAAAAACUGUCCUUUGUUUCCUCUCAGGCUGGUCUGUACUGUCUGUCUGGUGCCGACCGCACAGUGAAGGAGCUGAAAGAGAAGUUCCUCCGCAACAAGACCGUCCCUGUGCUCAGCAAGGUGGACGAUAUCCACGCCAUCACCGGCCUGCUGAAGGACUUCCUGAGGAACCUGAAGGAGCCUCUCCUCACUUUCCGCCUCAACCGUCCUUUCAUGGAGGCCGCAGGUUUGUGUUUGUGACUUGUGUGUGAAGUAAGCCGUGCUGCUGGUAGAUUUAUUAGAGAAAAAGAGACGCUGAAUGCUUAAACAACCUGAAUUUAUCUUAACUUGUUUAAGAGCUGCAGAAAAUGUCCCCGGCAGGGUCGUUAAAUGCAAGUUUCAUGAUUACUUCCUCGACUUUGUUUUUGCAGUUUGUUCUGAGCAGUGACUCAAAGAGUAGGCAUGAAGUGGAACUAAAAAGAGAGCUCAGUUAGUUGGCUUUUUCCAGAGUUUAUUUGUCACAGGAGUCAGAUAUAUUCUCUCUCAAGUUGUUCAUUAAACUCCCUCAACCUUUUACAUCCUGGUCUCUGCUGAUGAAACCGUUUUUUUCCCUCUCUCACAGAGGUCUCAGACGAUGACAACAGCAUCGCCCUGAUGUACCAAACCAUCGGUGACCUGCCUCUGGCCAACAGAGACACACUGGCCUUCCUAGUGCUGCACCUGCAGAGGUAAGCAGCUGCUCCCCUCUGGAGUUAACACUCUGUGAACUAUGCAUACUCCACUGCAGCCAAUUAUAGAAGCUUUCUCUAAUUUGACUCCUUGGAUAUCAUACCCAGCUACACCUUCAGCGCUGGGAUUUGCAGAAAUUCACCCCAGUCUUUUUCUUUUUCUGUAUCCUCCAAAUUUAAUUAGGUUAAAUAGCUCCAGGCAAAAAAACUCUUCAAACUCAGACUCACCUUUUUUGAAAUUUGACAAGCUAAAGUCUGUUUACUUAAUCCAAGAUACACUUAUUAUGCUUAAACGUAUUACUAAUGCAACUGCACUGUGUCUUGGCAAGACUCAGUACUCAUCACACCGAUGUAAACACACUUGGGAAAUCAAAACAGACAGAUUCACUCAGUAUUACUCAGUACUGACAUAUUAAGUAUUGACAUAUGUUCAUCACAGUGGGGAAAAUGCCAGUCAGUUAUUGUGUAAUAAAGUGAGUAUCAUUAAACAUGACACAGGAAAACUGAUCAUGUUUUAUAGAAUUUAGAUGCUCCUUUAAAAAAUCUGUUUUCAUAUGUUUUUUCAGGGUUGCUGAAAGUUUGGACACGAAGAUGAACGUCGGAAACUUGGCUCGAGUGUUUGGCCCAACGAUCGUCGGUCAUGCUGUCCCCAACCCGGACCCAAUGACAAUCCUACAGGACACCAAACGUCAACCUAAGGUCCACCCUGAAGCAGCUGUCUCAUCAUUUACUGCCUGACUUUGUCUGCAGUUUUCCCCUUGAAUGGAAAAACUCUGGUUAUCUCUAGUAACAGGUUUAGUUCAGUUCAGUGGUGCUGCAAAUUUUGGGUGCAGCAAACACUUUGGAAAAGCUACACAGUCACAAAUGCAAAAGGGGAGCAGAUUGUGUAUCUGGCCUCACAAAAGCCACACACAGCCACUUUGUUUGGAUGAAAAAGCCAGCCGGGGUUUUAUUUUUCGCCCCGAGCCUCUGCAGCCUGAUGUCACGCUGAGCGUACUAAAAAGACUCGGUCACAGUUUCUGAGAAGUCAUAAGAGCGGCUUACAUCUGCAGCUCUUUAUCAAACAUCUCCCUCCCUCUCAUAUAGUCGAGUUUGUUUCACUUCAGACCCAAACACAUUUACGCUCCAGAAAGUGACGCCGUCUUGAUUGCUUGUAGUCGUUGGUGUUCGCUGUCAGAGUUAACAUAUGUGCAAACAGUGAUACCCUUGUGCAGACACAUCUGGUGUGAAGAGCGUGCCAGCAGUGUGUUUUUUAUUAAUUACAGUAAGGAACGCAUACAUUUCUUAUGUGUGGGAAGACUGUUAGACUGACCCACCGUGAGAGUUUUAUUUACCUUGCACCAGAGCUUAGUCACAGAACCGUAGCCUUUCAGUAACUCUCCUCUGUCUCGCUUCCAGGUAUCUGCAUAAACAGCUCUCCACUUUUGAGGCGGGAUGAGGCAACCCUGCUGAAACAGGCCCUCAUCUUUUUUGCAUUUUUAUGAAUCACAAAUCUUUUUUUUUUUUUUCUGUUCAGGUGGUGGAGCGUCUGUUGACCCUGCCGGCGGAUUACUGGGGCCAGUUCGUGAUGGCUGAAAACGGGCAUCCCAACCUGGAUCACCUGAUCAUCGAGAAUGCGAACUGCUACGCCACCCCUGAGAGAAGUACGAGCUAACGGACGCUUAAUAAGCUCUGUGUGUUCCUGCGCGGUCUUUAUUCGCCUGUUGACAUCUUAUUGUUGUGUUUGCGCUGUUGUUACAGUGAGCAUGCUGGGACCUCUGACUACUCCUGAGCACCAGUUUAAUAAAACCCCCUCCUCCAGCUCCUUGUCUCAGCGCAUGAAGUCCAGCCUGACACCGAGGUAAACACACGAGCACACACAGACAUAACCCGGCUUUAACACAGUUUUUCCAGGCAAUGCUAUUAUGAUUUAUCACCCUAAAGCUUUGAUACUGCUGAUUCAAACAUUCAGAAGAUAUAAUGCAGGUUUUUUUUCCUGUUAAAGAUUUAGAGAAAAGCUGACUCGUUAGAACAUCCUUCUGAGGAGUUAAUCUUCUGUGCAAUAUCUCAUUAUCUCUCAUUGACUCUGUUUUAUUGACUCCUAAUUCCACUAAAUGUCAUUGUGUGCUCUCUUUUGUUGCAGAUUCGGCAAGAGCAAAUCACGCCAAGGAAAAUUUUUCGACUCCCCACUCUUGAAAUAACCCGAAUAACUCCUUAUUCAUACUCCGAUGGAAAGCAUUUAUGCAUGACUAAUAACCUGGUACUACUUUGAAUACUCCAUCUUAAUUUUCUCGCAUAUAAUCGUCUCGAUGCUUCACAUUUGUAGUUGUUUUCUGCUGAUUUUACAUGUUUGUGGAAGGAUUUUUAAACAAAUAGUUUGCUUAACUAUGCACAUUUGUGUGUCUGUAGAGCUGAUGCUUCAGCUAAAUCUUUAAAGGGAAAAUCUCAGUUUGCCUUUAAACGAUGAGAGCGAUCUCCAUAGAAGUCUUUUUUGGAAGAAUGUGUGCAUAGAUGAAAAUACGUACUGUAUAUGUACAGUUUUAUUGUGGUCUGAGUGCAAAUGUAAUCAUUUCUUUUGACAAUUUUUCAGCUCAUGUGUAACUCAGAAGUUGGAAGAUUGAAUCUUAAGCAUUUCAUGGAAGGUUUUGAUUAAAAGUGUGACUUUGUGCAGCAGAAUCUUUUUAGUUUCAAUGUUUGCUUUUCCCUUCUGUUGAAUCGUGGUGUAAAUAUUUAUAAUUGCACACGCCCCGGUCUUCCUGAAAAGACACUUGAAACAGCUUUAAAAAGAUCAUUAGGAAGACCAACACUUAAGGGAAGGAUUUUCUUUGUCUUCAUUUCCAAGACUGGGUUUAAUUUUUUCAUAAUUGGGAAAAAAAUCUCCAGAUUUUGAAGUCUUGACUGUCUGGGUUUUUCACCCCGUACUGCAAGAAUUCAUCAGGAGGAUAAUUAACCGCUUUAAAUGUCAGGCUGUUAUCUUUCAACAGGCAGAGGUAUCUGACUCCGUUUAUUGCUCUGUAAUGUUUGUACUUUAGUUAGGCGGCUGAUGAGUCAUGAUAAAUUGGCCGGCUCUUUUCCUCCUGCAUUAUUCAAAGCUCUUUAGCACAGCUUAUGUACACAAAUACACUCUUUAAAUUUCAUGUAAAUUAUAAAAAUACUUUUCUAACCUCCUC